AUGAAGCUAGGUGACAACAAGUGCUUAUUUGUUGCUCACCAUCCAGUUGGAUUAGAGUCUCGAGUGCAAUUUGCCACCAAAUUGCUAAGUAGUGAACCAAAUGAGAUUAUCAUAUCUGGGAUUUUGGGGAUGGGAGGAAUUGGCAAGACAACCAUUGCUAAAGCCAUCUAUAAUGAAAUUGGUCAAACAUUUGAGGGAAAGAUUUUCCUAGCUAAUAUUAGGGAAGUUUGGAGGCAAGAUAAUGGUCAAGUUUACUUGCAGGAACAACUUCUUUCAAGCAUCAUGAAAACAAGAAGGAUGACACCAACAAAUAUUGAAAUGGGGAAAGCUCUAAUCAAGGAAAUGCUUUGUCAUAGAAAGGUUCUUGUUGUUCUUGAUUAUGUGAAUAGUGAAGACCAACUCAAGGCUUUAUGUGGAAGUCAAGAGUGGUUUGAUCAAGGAAGUAGAAUAAUCAUCACUACUAGGGACGAGCAUUUACUUAAGAUUGUUUCAGUGAAUCACAUAUAUGAUAUGAAAGAAUUAGAUGUUGAAGAAUCUCUUGAACUUUUCAGUUGUCAUGCAUUUAAGCAAGCAAUCCCUAAACAAGAUUUCAAUGAACUUUCAAGAAGAGUGGUAUCUUACUUCGGUUGGUUACCACUGGCUCUUGAAAUACAUAUUUGGAGAAGUGUUUUGGAAAAAUUGCAAAAAAUUCCAAAUGAUCAAAUACAGGCAAAGCUAAAAAUAAGUUAUGAUGGUUUGAGUGACAAUAGUGAGAAAGAUAUAUUCCUUGACAUAUGUUGUUUUUUCAUUAGGAAAGACAAAAGCUAUGCUACUCAAAUAUUAAAUGGUUGUGGAUUUUAUGCAGAAAUUGGAAUCAAUCGUUUGAUAGAGCGUAGUCUUAUAAAAGUUGGCAAUAGAAAUAAACUCGACAUGCAUGACUUGCUAUGUGAUACAGAAGAGAAAUCAUUUGUGAGCAGUCACCAGAAAAGCAUGGCAAGCAUACUAGAUUAUGGAAUCAAGAUGACACGCUAG